AUGAUUGAAAUCACCUUGCAAUCAACUGUAGACUGGUUAUCCUGCUGGUUUAUAAAGGCUGAUUGUACCACAACCGAUACGAGACAACUCCAACAAGAUUUAACUGAGUUUCUCGGUCACAUUGAUGCCAAUCAGUUCACAUUUGUAAUCCUACACCAAUCAGAUUGGUACAUAUACAACUUCUUCCAAAUGAUGCUAUUGAAAACAAACAAGAGUAUAAUUGUCAACUACUUGGGUAAAAAUUCACUGCCGCAACAACACUUACAAAGCAUAUCUGCAUUGGUUAAACAAGUUGAUGCAAUGGAUUUGAAAAUUGGGUUUGAUUUAUCCAUGGAGCAAUUGGCCUUUCUCAUGUUGAAUAUACCGGGUUUUAUUAAUCAUUUGACACGUGGUGGGUCGAUUGAAGACAUUGAUGUUGAUGUUGUAUUUCAAGAGUUUGUACAAAAGUACGCCUCCAUCAAGCUGAUUGUCACUUCAAAUGAGUUUACAAUAGAGUAG